GUGUCUGCACUCACAUUUAAUUUUUUUUCGGAGGCUGAGGACGCCGGGAUGGCGCAGGAGGAAGGUGCGGCGGUGUGGGCAGUCGGGUCAGCGCGGUGGCGGUGGACAGGUGUGUGACCGGGCAGGGAUGGAGGCGGUGCCUCGGGUCGCAUGUCCCGUGUGCGGCCGGCAAUUGCCUCAGUACGCCAUUCAGCAGCAUGUCAAUGGGUGUCUCGAGGUCGAAUGUCGGGAUGAUGCACGCCCUGCUGCAGCACCGUCGCCACAGCACCGCACUGUGAGCGGGAGCAAAGCAGAGAGGACGUUCGCCUCGAGUGCCGAUGAGCGGCGCGGUGUGGACGACGAGGGCGACGAGGGCGACGAGGGUGACGAGGGCGACGAGGGCGACGAGGGCGACGACGUCAUAUGGCUGUCCCCACCACGUGUCCAGGUCACACGGCCGCCAACAGCUGCAUCAGCAGUGCCAGCCAAGAUACCACCGGCAACAGCCGAGCCCGCCGCACCCCCGCGAUGGGUAGCCCCCAUCGCGAGCGAAGUCGGUACACUGGCCGCGGAGGAGGGACAUGGUGGGAUAGAGCUGGCAAACCAGCUUGCCCGCGCGUGUGCGCAGCUUCCACCGCCGCGUGGGGUUCACGGGGUUCGGACCACAGUCUGUCGCAACGUGCGUCACUACCACCAGCGUGAUGCAGCACAGACAUACGCUUGCGGGUACCGCAAUCUGCAAAUGCUGACCUCACACCUGUUGACGCGACCCGAGUACGCCAACCUCUUCAACGGUCGCAUCCCGUCCCUCAGCGCCCUGCAAAGGCUCAUCGAACACGGGUGGGCGGCGGGAUUCGACCCCGCUGGCGCCGAGCAGUUGGACUAUCGCGUGGUGGGGACGGAUAAAUGGAUUGGCGCCACUGACAUGGUGGCCAUGCUGCGCGCUCAAGGCGUGGGCGCCGACGUUGUGGACUUUUUCUUGCACGCACCCACUGACCAAGCCCGCUUGCAGGAGCGACUUGUCACCUGGGUCUGGGACUACUUUAGCGCCGACGCUCCAACCGGGCAACACGUGCACACAGGCCGCCCACCUCUCGUUCUGCAGGCGCAAGGGCACUCUCGGCUCAUUGUUGGUGCAGAGCGGCGCGUGGCGAGAGGGCAGGUAACCAUACUUCUCCUUGUCUUCGAUCCCUUCCACUUUACCCACCAGCUGGAGCAAGCCUUGCGCACCCGCAGUGACUGGGUCAAGAGCAUCAAGCGGCGACCCAGCUCGCUGCGACACAACGCCUACCAACUCCUGGUCAUCGGGGCACCACACCCACCAGAAUGCCCACCAAAACAGAUCAUCGCCGCACUGGAGCGUCACGACAUGUCGCGCACCGUGCCGUGACGCAUGCAGCCUUCCCCCAGCCCGUCUGCAUGCGGCAUCCAGUCAGACGACCGGGUGCACAUAACUUCUGCAGACCCGAGUUCGCUCCAUCGAUUGUUGUCAAUCGCCGACUCGUGGCCGCGAGGGCGUCGAACCGACUGUCUUGUGUCCAGCGGGUUGCUCGUUGCUUCGAGCACUCCUUCCUCCUAUCCAAAAUACUGCGUCCUGCGCGCCAUAAUUAAUAAUUUAAGAGCCUGAU